GACUGCAGGCGCCUAUGUGUUCUCUUUCAGACGAACUGAAUUCACGGACCACGCUGCGGUGUGCGUUAUAUACUUAAACUGCUUCAAAGGGGACCCGGACCACCUUUCUCCUCUCUGAACAUCUCAGUUGCCUGAAAACUAGUGCGCCUGUUCUAAUCACGGAUGGACGAGUACCCUCCUGCGCACUAUUCAAGAAAUCACUUAAUGAGGUAACUGGAUGUGCGCUCAGGCUGUCUGCCUCGCCACGAGCGAUGACGUCCCAGAGCGUCCCGGGCAGAGCGGUCUGCGCGAGGUGCUGCGAGACGAUUACGGAUAAAUAUCUACUGCUGGUGAAUGGCUCGUGCUGGCACGCACGCUGCCUCUGCUGCAGCGUGUGCAAGACGUUGCUCAGCGGGCACGUGAGCUGCUACAUCAGAGAACGAGAAGUGUACUGCAAAAUGGAUUACUUCAGGAGGUACCGGAGAUGGUGCACGUGUUGCGGCAGGGCGAUCCAUUCCAGUGACUGGGUGCGCAGAGCGAACGGGAACGUGUAUCACCUCACCUGUUUCUCCUGCUCCUUGUGCAAGAGACAGCUGUCCACGGGCGAGGAAUUCGCCGUGGUCGAGGACAGGGUGCUGUGUAGGACGCAUUACGACUACAUGCUGGAAAACCUCAAACGGGACGAGGGGAAAGGAAAUUGCGCUUCUGUUGGUGACCUGUUGCCUGUCGAACCUCGCGUGAUACAACCCUCGAAACCAUCGAAACGAGCGCGCACCAGCUUCACGGCAGAGCAGCUGGAGGUGAUGCAGGCCCAGUUUGCCCAGGAGAGCAGCCCGGACGCACACACCCUGCAGAGACUGGCUGAGCACAUGGGCCUGAGACCCAGGGUGAUCCAGGUCUGGUUUCAGAACUGCAGGGCGAGGCAGAAGAAGUACACGGGCCCGGCCCGUGAGGCCGCUGCUGGCCCUGCGACAGGUCCGGUCCUGGCUCUGCCACUCCAGACCCGAGCGCUAGCCUGCAUGCCAAGCGUGGGGUUCAGUCCCACAGGACCACGGCUGCUGGCUGCCCUGCCGGCCGGCACAGGAGCACUGCGGAGCUCCAGCAGACAUCUGCUCCAUCCGUCUCCAGGAACCGGCUGUCACUACGCAGCUCCUUCAGCCAUCUCCAGAAGCAGGGCGCUCCUAGCACCACCUGUGAUCAGCCGUACACAGCCCCGCCCACAGCUCCGCCCACAGCACCUGCUACACUUCUGCCUGUGACUUUUGGCACAAUUAAAACUGCAGUGUUGAAGCAGGUGGCCUGUUGUCGUUAUUGUUGUCAAAAGAGUCCAUUACUGAGGUAACCCUAACCCUGAACAAAACCUAAACCUCAUUUUCAAGAAAAUCACAUUAUUUAUUCUCAAUAUUAAUCCCCAGCUAGUAUUUAUCAGCAUCUGAUAAAACCUUGCUACGAUUUUGGGCAUUGAACUACAUAUGAUCUAUACUACAUAUUAAUACUUCUAAUGUACUAUAGACUACAUACUAAUACUACUAAUGUACUAUAGACUACAGUGUGUGGUAGUAACUGUUGUCUUGGCACUGUUGAUGUGAAUGUCUGUCAUUUGUAUCAGUGAUUUAGUGUAUGACUAUAACAGUUGAGUUAUGAAUAAAUCUCAAAAGACCACAUCCUAUAGUUGUUAGGUGGAAAUGGAUUGGUACAUUUUACUGAAGCACUUAAUAAUAUUAUUUUGUGUCUGCUAAAUCAGAUUAGAUCCGUUUUAUUUGUUACAUUACUUUACAAAACAAAACAUAAAAAUUCAACAUCAUCAUAAAACCAAAGGACACGUGUUCAAAUCUUCAUCAAGUGUAACACGUGUAAUAUCAGGGAAUCGUUCUGAGCAGGCAUUAGCGCGGCACGCUGAAAACAGAAGUGUUUGGGAAACCUUUAUUCAGUCCAGCCGCUGGGCUCCACAGACACAGAGGUCUGCCUUGAUCAAGACUGGAUCCAAAGAUACACAUUUAACAGGUUAACAGAUUAACAGCUUUGAUUUAAAAAAAGAAACCCAACAUCAUAAAAAUGGUUAUAAUUCCUUUUUUACCUUCAUGUAGUCACAGAGAUCACAAGGCUUCAGCAGAGCUGAAGUUAACCCUUCUCUCCCCGAUAAAGACAUCACACUGCGACUGCUACCGACAGCAGAUAGGUGUGUUGAUUUAAUAUUACAGACCUCUAGAAAUUGUAGAGGUUAUCAAAGAUCAUCCCUGGAUGUGGACACAGCCAGCCUGUUGAGGCAAGUUCCAGCCCUACACUACCAUGCCAGCUGAGGGUCUGGAAGGCCUCUGCUGGGUGCCAGAUUUGCAGGCCUGCACCCUGGACACAUGUUCUGCACAAACCUUCUCCUGUCCAACGCUGUUUUCUCUCCUCAGGGUGGUCAGAUGUCUCUGAUGGAGUUGGCUCAGUGAACCUGAACUAACUGUUGUGCCGUUCUAGCUGGUUUAUAUUGUUAUGAGCUGCAUAAGGGCAGUUAAUGAACCCAUUGAAGCUAUGCAAACACUGUAAUCGAGUCAUUUGACUGCCCGUGAAAAUUGGCGGAAAAACAAGAUCUGAAAUACCAGAGAUGUGAGCACCGUGAUUAUAAAACCUCGCAUGUGACAUCGGAUCUUGCCGUGCUAAACUCGUACUUGGAACGACACACAAUCGCAGCUCCAAACAGGGAAAGGUGAAUUGGGUGGACGCCUGACAGUAAUGCGAUUGAUGGCCUAACUCUCAUUGAGAAGCUCUGU